AUGGUCUUUGUCUUUUGCUUCUUCGCUGUGAUCCGGUGGAUCUGGACACAAGGACGUGCUGCUCGUGCCGAACAUGAGGAGCGUAGUUGGUUCCGCCUGGGUUUCGCAGAGAGCAUGGUGGAUCCAGAUCCCGAAGAAAAGCAAGAGGGAGAGGUCGAGGCGGCCGACGCUGCCGCAGCCAAGAAGAAAAGGAAGAACAAGAAGAAAAAGAGCCCCGCAGCAGGGGAUGCAGCGCAGGAUGAAGAAGCGGUCCCGGCAAGUGCAGAAGCUGGGGCUCCUGAUUCACCCAAUGCGCAAGAAAGCGAUGAGGAGGACAAGGUGGAUGCGGCAGAUGCCGCAGGAGAUAAGAAGAAGAAAAAGAAGAAGAAAAAGGCCGGAUCCGGAGGAGGUGGGGCCAAGGCUUUCAAUAUCCCCGAGCAGGACAACACCGCCCUCCGCCGGGUCCGAAACUGGGCUGCGGUACCCACGUCACGGCAAAGUCCAGAAUUCGACAUUCCCGUCAGUGAGCAGUAUCCUGAUAGCCAGUUUCCGCUCGGCGAAUGUGUCGAGUACGUUGGAUCGCACGCCUUCCGGACGUCAUCCGCUGAGAAGCGUGAGAUGGAGCGGCUCAUGUCCUAUGACUACGAGAAGAUCCGCAAAGCCGGAGAGGUUCAUCGCCAGGUCAGGAAGUACGUGCAGUCCUUCGUGAAGCCUGGGCUGAAGAUGACGGAGAUCUGCCAACGCCUGGAGAGAAAAACCCACGAGUUGGUAGUAGCGAACGGCCUUGAAGCAGGAUGGGGCUUCCCAACAGGUUGUUCCCUGAACUAUGUGGCCGCCCACUACACUCCGAACUAUGGGGACGAAACUGUCUUGCAGUACGAUGACGUUUGCAAGUUGGAUUUCGGUGUUCAAGUCGGUGGUCGCAUCGUCGACUGCGCCUUUACCAUCGCCUUCAAUGAGAGGUAUGACCCCAUCAUUGAGGCAAGUCAGGCAGGUACCAACACUGGAGUCAAGGAAGCGGGCAUCGACGCGCGCUUCCAAGACAUCGGGGCCGCCAUCCAGGAGACGAUCGAGUCCUACGAGAUCGAGAUGAAUGGCAAGACCUGGCCAAUCAAGUCGGUGCGGAACCUCAACGGCCACUCCAUCGAACCUUAUCGGAUCCACGGCUUCAAGUCGGUACCCAUUGUCAAGAACCAAGAUUCUUCCAUCAUGGAGGAGGGAGAGUUCUACGCCAUUGAAACUUUCGCCUCCAAUGGCAAAGGCUAUGUGGUGGAGGAUCUCGAGUGCUCCCACUACAUGAAGAUCUUCGAUGCGCAACAUGUGCCCCUGCGCGUGAAGAGCUCAAAGGCCUUGCUGCAUACGAUUGAGCAGAACUUUGGAACCCUUGGUUUCUGCCGACGAUGGUUGGAUGACCUGGGCGCGACCCGUCACUUGAUGGCCUUGAAGAACCUGGUGGACAACGACGUUGUCCAGCCAUAUCCGCCCCUCUGCGAUGUCAAGGGCUCGUACGUCACGCAGAUGGAGCACACCAUUCUGCUGCGGCCGACGUGCAAGGAGUUGCCUCACAUCUCGGACUAUGCGCUGAUGGCGGAGGGCUUCCCAAAGACGGCUCGCUCUCCCCACGAGGUGAAAGCCUUCUUCGAGUCUAUCCUGGGCUUCGAAGUCGAGGGAGUGUCGAUUGCCUACGACCUCUCCGAGGAAGCGGAGUUUGUAGAGAAUCGAAUCUUGCGUGUGGCGGAGCAGGCAGAUGCCCACCUGGGCGUUUAUCCUGCAGAACUCGCCGACGUUCGGGAGAUGAUGGCCAGUAGCCAGGAUGGACAUGUGCUUGACAGCCUCGUGAGCUCUGGCCAAGCCGUUGUCGUUUUCUCCCGGGAAGAAGACCGGGAGUUCUGCCUCCGAAGAUUUGUUGAGAUCCGACGACAGCUUCGGCAGAGUGAGAGCAGGGUGUCGAUGGAUGAGGCCGAUACGGAUGACGAGUCACAAGCCCUGCUCGGCGGCAAGAGGCCGUCGCAAGCCAGCAAGCAAGGUCGGGGUCCAAGCGGUGCAGCCCGGCUAAGUGCAGCGAUGCUCUUCCGUGGAAAGUUUCCGAUCACGGUUGCCGAGGUUCCAGACGCUGCAGAUCUCCUUUGGAAGAACUUCCAGGUCCAAGGAGGCCUCAAGUUCACCAGAGUGGUGCUCACGUUCCUCGGUGGGUUGUUGAUGGUCUUCGUCGUUUCAGCAGUUGUCUUUGCUCCAUCGGUUCUCUCUGGCGUGAGUUACCUGAACAUCAGCGAUCCCUCCACGGCACAAGUGUCACUGAAGUGGCUGGAGCAGGUCUCCAUGGCUGGAAUGACAGCCGUGCUGAACCGGCUCUUGGCGAUCGGCAUGAGAUCAGCUGCUGAAGCUGGCGGCUUUGUACAGAAGGUCAGUGAGGACAGCGUCUUCUUGGUAUGUACAUACUUGUUGGUCCUCGCCAACUCAGUUACACCUCUGGGUAUUGCCCAAAUUGUGGCAUCCUGGUCGGACUUGCGAGUCACCCCGUACUCAGCAACAGAGUGGCUAUUCACGUUGAUGGCCGUGAUCCUUCUCACGACGGAGUUUCUCUAUAUCGUCUAUCCAGCCUGGUCCUACUGGACUGCGCACUUCCGUGUGCGGCAAAGCAGGUACAUCACAGUUCGGGAAGGUCAGCCAGUCUUGACAAGUGCCGAGUUUGCAAUGGCUCAGAGGUACGUCGACGUCUUGCUGAUGAUGACAUUGGUAUUUGUCAUGAUAACCAUUGACUACAAGUCCAUGUACACGAUUGGCUCUGAGAUCUUAAUGCUCUUCUACAGUUUCUACGUCUAUUUCAUCGACAAGUUCUUCUUCUUGCGCAUCAAUCGGCAGACGUACUAUGUGAGUUCCAAUCUCGAUCGCACGGUGCACUACCUUUUUGCGGUUCCCAUGUUACUUCUGGCUUGGUUUCCUCUUCAGCUCUUUGACUCUUGGCUACCGCCGAGUGGUUGGGGCAGAUAUGCAGCCAUGCCUGCAGCUGCGGCUGGCGUUGUGCUACUGUUCCUGGCCACGGUGAGUAUAUGUCAAUGCCUCGGUGAGUUUCUGGGACGUCUACCGAAAUAG